AUGAUCGAUAUAACAGAAGAUGGCGAUGAUGCUAACAACUUUGGAGAGCGAAUAGGCCCAACUCGCUCCACUUUCGAUAAUGGUGUUGAGAUUAUAGUGCCCUGUGUGGACCGGAAUAUUAACAAUUUCUCUACGGUCCCAGCAGAUAAGAGCGCGCCGAACAAACUCACCACACAGGCUACCAUAGGCGAACGCACCCGGCACAGUAGGCGACCAAAGACUAGGAAUUCUAAGUUGAGUGAUGCGGCGCUGGGGUUCAUGGAGUAUGCUCAGAAAGGAGUCGUUGAUAAUAUUCAGAUAGCAUCCAGCGAUGUUGCGGCCAUUUGUGGGCUGAACAAGUACGCUCGACCCGGAGAACUGCUAUUCAAGUAUGUAUACAAAGGAUUUCCGAAUCUGAUGAAGAUGGAUGCUGCAAACUUGGAUAUUUCGAUUAUCUCUGAGGAGCAGAAAGUGGAAGAACUCAUGGCUCAGACAUCGCAAGCGAAGGAGCUCAAAUCCGUGCUGAAGGCUUCUAAAGCUCGUCACAAGUAUCACACUGUGUCUGCUAAUCAGGACGGUAAGAAGGUCAAGAGUGUCGCCGAUGUUGAGAUCUUUGGCAAGCAGGCGUCCAAGGCUAUCCAAACGGCCUUAGUGAAGAAGGAACUGCCAGUGCAUGAGAUUCACGAGCUACAAAGGGCCAUCAACUCCAGUCUAUUCACCAACUUUGGGAACCGUAAAGAGAACACUGCCCUGCAGGAAUACGAAGAUCGUACAGGAUACUUUGUAAGCGAAAACAACGCGCAGUGCUAUAUGAUGAGUGUAGAUACCACUGCAGAUGAUACCACUGCAGAUGGCGUUAUGGACACGGCCGACGAUAUCCAAUUUAUUCCCCGAACGAACAAGAGAGCCAAGUCUUUUGACAUCAUCGGGUUCAUAGACGGCAUUGCUCUAGCUCCCGCAGUGGAGAUAGCUAAUCCUGCCAGUGCUUCGUCAUCACACGAGACUACCGGUUCCGGGAAACCAACGAACGAGGCUAGAGAUUCGAAGCCGCAGAAAAGGCGAGUCGAGCUCUGA